GAAGGGCGGCAUCGAGUUGGAAACAACAUGAAUACCUCGGUCCUCGCCCUACUGGGAAAUAUUUCCGGUCACCUGAAUUUUUCGGAGACGAACUCGCAGAUCUUGCAGUUUGAGGACGAGGAUUGCCGUGUGCCUUUGGCCAUGGUCUUCACUCUGGCCUUGGCUUAUGGGACUGUGAUAAUUCUGGGAGUCUCUGGGAAUCUGGCUUUGAUUGUCAUUAUUUUAAAACAAAAGGAGAUGCGCAAUGUUACCAACAUCCUCAUUGUCAAUCUAUCCUUUUCUGACCUCCUGGUGACCAUCAUGUGUCUUCCAUUUACCUUUGUGUAUACUUUAAUGGACCACUGGAUUUUUGGGGAGGCCAUGUGCAAACUGAACCCUUUUGUGCAAUGUGCCUCCAUCACCGUCUCAGUCUUUUCUUUAGUCCUCAUUGCUAUUGAGCGCCAUCAGCUGAUCAUCAAUCCCCGUGGCUGGAGGCCGAACAACAAACAUGCUUACAUGGGGAUUGCUGCCAUAUGGAUUUUAGCCACAGCUUCCUCUUUGCCUUUCCUGAUCUACCACGUGUUAACAGAUGAGCCCUUUAGAAAUGUAACAUUUGAUGAAUAUAAAGACAAAUAUGUGUGCUUGGACCUGUUCCCCUUGGACACUGCCAGGCUUUCUUAUACUACAACACUUUUGGUGAUUCAGUACUUUGGACCACUCUGUUUUAUAUUUAUUUGCUACUUGAAGAUAUACAUACGGUUGAAAAAAAGGAACAACAUGAUGGACAAGAUGAGAGACAGUAAGUACAGAUCCUCUGAAACCAAAAGGAUCAACAUCAUGCUGAUCUCAAUAGUGGUCGCAUUUGCAGUUUGCUGGCUGCCUCUCACCAUCUUCAAUAUCGUGUUUGAUUGGAAUCAUGAAAUUCUGCCUGUUGCUACCUGCAGCCACAACCUGUUGUUCCUGAUUUGCCACCUCACUGCCAUGAUUUCUACCUGUGUGAAUCCCAUCUUCUACGGGUUUCUCAAUAAGAACUUCCAAAGGGACCUGCAGUUUUUAUUUCAUUUUUGUCAUUUCCACUCCCGUGAGGAGGAUUAUGAGACUAUAGCCAUGUCCACCAUGCACACAGAUGUUUCAAAAACCUCUUUGAAACAGGCAAGCCCAGUCACAUUUAAAAAAAUAAAUAGUGAUGAUGAUGAAAAAAUAUAAAGGAGUAAUAAAAAUUCCAUACCAAACUGCUUGAAGUGUGAUUGCAGGUGAAAUGUGUCCAAGGACAAGUGAAAUUACAUAACAAGUACAAAAUGAGUAAUGUUUUUCUUCCUUUUCCAAGGAACUUUGAUUGUUGUCACUUUGAAAUUAUACGCUGUGCAUUUUUGCCCCUUUUAGUGCUUUAAUGUUCACAGAAAUUGUAUCUGAAUUUUAUUAUAAGACAGAGUUAGACCUGCUACUACCUAUGGUUUUCAUCUACUGUCUUUUGUUCUGUUCUCUUUGUACAGCUAUGUGCUUUAGCAGAAAGGUUUAUUUAUUGAUUAUAUUUUUUCAAAGAAGUAGUUUUCAGGAGUGUCUAUCUAAGACCAUUAGAAACAACAUGAACCACAGGGACACUGUCACUACAGAGGACACCCACCAAAGAAUAAAAUGAGGAAAUUCUGAUUUGAAGAGUAGUUUCUUUCUUUUUUAAUUCAGCUUUUGAUUGAUGUUAAAAUCCUCUAAAAUCAGUGUAGGCAUGCAAAAAAAAGGAUUCUGUGAGACCUGUAGAAUAUGUUUAAAUGGUGACGUACAGUU